CCGCCGUUCUCUCUUUCCAACAGAUGGAAUCUCAAUUUGCCACGAACGUGACGACAGACUUGACUGAAUUCCCCAUCAUGAAAUAAUCCACCCAACCACCGAAAGGCGCGACUGCCAAAGCCCUCUCUACUCUUUUGGGAUAGAACAACCCUCUCCACCCCAAAAUGGCGGCCACUGCCACUGCGAAUAGUGUGGGCAUGCCCCGGAUUCAAGAUGUCCUGCGUACUCCAGAAGACCUGGAGAAGAUCAUUAGUCUCAAGGCAGAGAUCAACCGGAAAAAGGCCGAUGUGGACGCAAGACUGCGCGAGGGUCUGAAAGAGCAUUUGGAUACAACCCAGAAUGGCAUGUCAACCCUCGCUGAAGGCCAGAAACUCGUUGGCCAGAUCAAGGAUGAGAUGAAGAGCAUUCAUGACUUAUGCGAGCAAGCCCAAGCUAUUCGCAAGAACUUCCCCCAGCUCGACUACCUGGCACGAGUACACCGAAACUUCGAGGCCACUCGGGCCAUGCAAGCCGGUCUAGACACUUUUGAACGAGACUGCUCUUAUGUCCAGCGACUCCUAGAGGAUGACGAGACUGAUCUCGAAAACCAGCCCAACCUACUAGAGGCCCACAUGCGCCUGACCAAGCUCCGUGAUUUUCGAGACGAGGCCCUUGAUCAAAUUCGAAGAGCAAAGGACAAUAGUUUGGAGCAAACCCUUCUCGACUGGUUCCAACAGUUGGACAAUGUCAUUGACCUUUUUGACGAACACAUCGGCCAAAUAUGCCUGAGCCUUAUUGAACUCGUCCAGAGAGACAACAACGGCAUCAUCGUCCGCCUUGCCAUUGUCAUUGCCUCGGAAGAAAAGAAUGACCAGCGUGUCCGAGCUCUACAGGACGCUCAGAAGGACCACCAAGACCUUGUCAGCAAGUUCACAUCCUUUACCAUUGGACCUAAAAUCAUCCGUGGAUACAAGGAGAAGUUCAUCCAAGCCAUCCAAGCUGUCGCUCAAGCAAAAUUUGAACAAACCCGACAAGACUUUCAGGAUGACCCAAGCAAACUCGAUAAACACACUAAAUGGUAUUUCAACGACUUGUUUGUCUCCAAGCAAGGCAUGCAGAACCUCUUUCCCAAAAAGUGGAAAAUCUACGACACCUAUGUCAACAUAUACCACCAGCAGAUGCAUGACUUCUUGGUCGCAUUUGUUGACGACCAGAAUCUUCGCUCACCCAUGAUGUUGGCGAUCGUCCAUUAUAUCGACCUCUACUACAAGAAGAUGAAGAAACUCGACUAUUCCUCAAAUCAACUCAAACCCCAUGUACUCGACUCUCGUCAGGGCGACCUGAUCCGUGAUUACAGAAAUCUCAUCACCAAAGCUCUCAAUUCUUGGAUCGAUCGAAUGUAUGUUACCGAUCGCAAGAACUUUUCUUCUCGCGCCACCGAUGCCAUUGAACAGGACCCCGACGGCCACUUUAGGACCAAAACCCUUGGCGACAUGUGGCGCAUGUUGCACGAACAAGCUGUUGCAGCCGGUGACUCUGAACGUGAGGAUGUUGUUGAAGGCGUUAUGAGCGCCAUGUUCAGCGCCCUCAAGUCUCGACAGCAGCAAUGGGAGAGAGCAGUCGACGAGGAAGUCGAUCGAUACAAGAACCCGACUCCAGAUCUGCUGGAAACCCUGCAGCCACUACAAGACUGGCUUCUGGCAAUCGCGAAUGAUCAGAUUGCCUGCGUCGACGAUGCAGCUGGGGAUAUUAUUGACGACCCAACCGCACAAAAGGGCUAUUUGACCCGCUUCCGAGAAGACUUCACCAAGCUGCCGACGCCCCCAUCGGCCAAAUUCAUGUCCACAAAUGGAACCACUGAGCUAGAUGCUCUUCGUGACGGCUAUGUCGAUCUGGCCACUCACUGCAUCAAUCGCUUUGUCCAAUUGAUUUUCAAAGUCGACUUUCGCACCAUUAUCGGCGAGCUCUUUGUACCCGGCAAGUGGUAUGAACAGACAGCAUUGCAGAGGAUUGUCACCACCUUUGACGAUUACAUUUCCGACUACAAUACAGUUCUUCACCCUUCACUCUUGGACAUUCUGAUCGAAGAACUCUCCGAUACUCUGUUGGUGUCAUAUUUGACCGCCAUCCGAAACAAUCGUGGCGUCAAGUUCCGAAGAGGUGAACCUUUCCCAGCCAAGUUUAGAGACGACGUUCUUGCAGCAUUCGCCUUCUUUGAAAAAUACCCCGAUGCUUUCAAUGAUACCAUCAAACCCAAGUGGAAGGCUGUCAAUUUUACUGUCCAGCUGCUGGAGGUUGACAAGAUGGAGGUUGUUGGAGUCUAUGAGAGGUUCAAGGCUGAAUUCUGGGAUCUCCAACUGUCCUGGGUGGAAGGUCUGCUCAAAACUCGAGAUGACUGGGAUCGUGGAAUGAUCACUGCCGUCAAACGAGCUGCCGCAAGCACAUACACCGAAAGAGGCAUGGACACCAUUAUGGGCAAAGUCAAGUAAUUUGGCCUUGAGGCGACUAAAAUUGUCGUCUAACAACCAUGUCACCUACGAAGCGAGUCCGAGAGGUUUUCUCAAGCAGGUCAAAGCCAAACAUGUUGCGGAAGUUCGAGUCCUGGAAGCUUGUGCCAUGCUCCAGUGGUUGUUACCACUCUCUGAAAGGACCGAGCAUGACCUCAACACGGCAAACUGCUGUGCUGCAUCCCAUCUGAUCACUUGCUCGAUAAACUGGGCACGUUGUUCAGAGGGACGACUGAGCCUGAGCACCACAUUCGGCUUGCCUGUAUCGAGCCAGGGUGACACGUGGUUGACCAGUAUCAUUGCACCCGGCCUCUGUCAACUGAGUCUUCAGGUACACAAGACUAAACUUGCAUAGCCUUACAUUCUUUCGACCCUGAGCUUGAGUUCAUGUUGAACGAUGUUGGAACGUCCUGUGAUAUUGUUACCUAGUCUUCAAUGAAUACGGGGAUCUGAAGUUCGGUCUCUCACCCCUGUACGCACGGCAGUUCUUCAUCAAUACUGUGAUGAACAUGCUACAUUGACGUUGAUCUGAACUUCACCCAGUCCGCACAUACUGACCCAUUUUGUCUUCGUUCGUCUGAAGCAUUCCUAUCGCCUUGCGAAUCAUGAGGGCUUCGAUCAUGACUACUCGAAGGCGCUAAGGCGUGCACUGCCAGGGCACCAGGGAUACGUAGUCUGCAGUGGUAUAAAAUCCUCAGAUAUUUCAGAUAUUCCAGAUAUUCAUCGAUUUACUUGUCCGUCAUCUUGAGACCAC